GUUGAUUUAAAAGAUAAGCUUGUACAGUAGUGAUAGAAUUCCUUUGGCAUUUAUCUGAAAUUAUGGUGAUAGCAGUAUGAGCCAAUCAAUGAAAUCACUCCAGUAAAACGUCUUUCCUUAAUUAAGUUAUCACAAUCACAUAAUGGACCCAUCUUUGAUGCACAGUAUCAGGUGAAAUUGAAGAGAAAAAAAUUAAAGGAAGACUGAAAAAGAACAAUAUAAGUCGCAAGGAGCUAUCUUUGGCUUACUCAUUUGUAACCAUUGCCGUCUCUCUAGCUUUUUUGAAGAGCCUUUGAGCAAGGAACUGCAAGAGACCAACUUAGACUUGGCAAGCAAAAUAGGGAAGGCAUCACCAGAGGAAAAAAAAAAAAAAAUGGCUGCUCUUUGGAGCUUUCAGGGUGGCAGUUUCAUCUCCUUCUCUUCGACAGUUUUCACUUUUUCUUACCCUGGUAUAAGCUCAGGACUAAAAGUUUGAUGUUCUUCAUUUAAUUUAUUCUGUUUUUUAUCACCAUCACCUUUUUGAGCUUGUUGUAUUUACUCUGGCAUUUAAUGUGAAUCUUCACUUGAAUUUGAGUUGCAGGUUGGUUCCCUUCGAUGUGUUCAGGAGAGAGCUUUGACUUGGGUUCCUCCUGCACGCAGAGACUAUUAAUAGAUGUUCUUAACCUUCUCUUUCUACUGAAUUUUUUGCUGGCUUUGCUGAUAUCAGCAUGCAAAAGGCAUAAUAUCAUAAAUAAGAAUAGAAUAAGGAGCUGGGAUUCCAUUAGUAUUUCAAUCCUCUGCAUAGUCAUUGGUGUCGCUUACUUUAGUAGAACUGGCUGGAUUUUGUUCAAGGAAAGCAAAUAUAUUCUCUGGGAUCAGGUGGUAAUUCUCUCUAUAAGGGGAGUAAUCUGGGUUGUUUUGUCAGUAUCUGUAAAUGCUAAUCCUAAUAAUUGGUUGAAAGCCAUUCAUCUGAUCUGGUGGUCAUCAUUUGCGCUUCUUAUUACAGCCUUUAAUGUAAAGGAUCUUGUUAAAAAUCAUAGCCUUCCAAUACUUGAUAUCACACAAUGGUUUGUAAACUUGCUGCUGCUCUACUAUGCUCUGAAACUAAUCAUCAAAAGUAAAAUUGAUGGUAAACAUGCAAACGAAAGUUUAUCCCAGGCCUUACUGGAAGAAGUUAAUGGCAGUUCAAAUCUUGGUGGAGCUGGUUUCUUUAGCCGCCUAAUCUUUUCUUGGCUAAAUCCCUUACUUCGUUUGGGCCAUUCAAAAACAUUAGAGCUCAAAGACAUCCCAUCAUUGGACGCUGAAGAUGAAGCAGUUCAUGCUUAUAAUAUUUUCACCAGAGAAUGGGAUCUUCUCAGGAGCAGUAAAAAGAGGACGAGGAACUUGGUCCUUUUGGCAUUGGCAAAAUGUUACAAGAAGGAAAUGUUAUUAGUCGGAUUUUAUGCACUUCUGAAAUCAAUCUCCAUUGCAGUUUCUCCUUUGAUCCUAUAUGCAUUUGUGUGGUACUCAAACCUUGAGCACAAAGAACUAAACAAGGGCCUGGCUUUAGUAGGAUGCUUGCUAAUAGUCAAGGUGGUCGAAUCUUUAUCGCAGAGGCAUUGGUUCUUCGAUUCAAGAAGGUAUGGAAUGAGGAUGAGAUCUGCACUAAUGGCAGCCCUUUACCAGAAGGAGCUUAAGAUUUCAAGCCAGGGAAGGUUAAGACAUUCUACAGGUGAGAUUGUCAACUACAUUGCUGUAGAUGCAUAUAGACUUGGGGAUUUUCCAUGGUGGUUUCACAUGGCAUGGAGCCUUCCUCUCCAACUCCUCUUUUCAGUAGCCAUACUUUUUGGAACUGUAGGUAUGGGAGCCCUUCCAGGUAUCGUCCCUUUGGUUAUUUUUGGCUUCAUGAACGUUCCUGUUGCAAAGAUGUUGCAGCACUUUCAGUCACAGUUCAUGGUUGCUCAAGACGAGAGACUAAGAGCUACAUCUGAAGUCCUGAACAAUAUGAAGAUUAUAAAAUUACAGUCAUGGGAAGAAAAUUUCAGAAAUACAAUUGAAACACUGAGAGGUGUUGAAUUUAAAUGGUUGAGAAAAACUCAGUUGACAAAGUCAUGCGGAGCAGCACUAUAUUGGAUAUCACCCACAGUUGUUUCUGGAGUGAUUUUUGCUGGGACAGCAAUCAUGAGAACUGCUCCUCUAAAUGCAGGUACCAUCUUCACGGUUCUAGCAACUCUUAGAGUUAUGGCUGAGCCAGUAAGGAUGCUUCCUGAGGUUCUAUCUGUAUUGAUCCAAGUGAAGGUUUCCUUAGACCGAAUUGAUAAUUUUCUGCAAGAGGAUGAAAUUAAAGAAGAAAAUGAGAAGAGAGGCUCCCUACAAAAUUUGAAUCUUGUUGCUGAAGUGAGCAAUGGCGUCUUUAGUUGGGAACAGACUUCAAUUGCUCCUACAUUAAGGAACAUAAACUUGCAGAUAAAGAAAGGGCAAAAGAUUGCUGUUUGUGGAUCAGUUGGCUCUGGAAAAUCAUCACUAUUAUAUGCUCUGCUAGGGGAGAUACCUAAAAUCAGUGGAUCAGUUGAUUUGAAUGGUUCCAUUGCCUAUGUUUCACAAACAUCUUGGAUUCAGAGUGGAACACUGCGUGACAACAUACUCUAUGGUAAGCCAAUGAACAAGAAAGCAUACCAGGAGGCUAUCAGAUGCUGUGCACUGGAGAAGGAUAUUGAGAAUUUCGAUCAUAGAGACCUUACAGAGAUAGGACAAAGAGGACUAAACAUGAGUGGAGGACAAAAACAGCGAAUUCAAUUGGCUAGAGCUGUCUACUAUGAUGCCGAUAUUUAUCUACUAGAUGACCCCUUCAGUGCCGUUGAUGCACAUACAGCAUCAAUUCUCUUUCAUGAUUGUGUCAUGACUGCCCUAGAAAAGAAGACUGUCAUUCUAGUAACUCAUCAAGUAGAAUUUCUUCCUCAAACGGACAGGAUCCUGGUUAUGGAAGGAGGAACAAUUAUACAAACAGGAAGAUAUGAAGAACUUCUAAAAUCAGGAACAGCAUUUGAGCAGCUAGUUACAGCACAUCAGUCUUCAAUUACAACAAUAAAUUCUACAGAUAAUGAAAACAGAAAAACAACUAUAGCAGUAGAUCACCUACAAUUAAACAGGUUGCAGCCUACGAAACACAACAGCGAAGGAGAGAUCACAGUCACUAGUAUAUCAGCAGUGCAGCUUACAGAAGAUGAGGAAAUGGAGAUAGGGAAUGCUGGUUGGAAGCCAUACAAAGAUUACAUCCAGAUUUCAAAGGGAUCAUUUCUACUUGCUUUAAUGAUCAACUUUCAAUCAAUUUUUAUUUUUCUUCAGGGUCUAUCAAAUUAUUGGUUGGCUGUAGCCAUCCAGAUUCGUCAUAAAAGUGAUGGAAUGUUAGUUGGAGUUUUUUCAGCAAUUUCCUUCGUUAGCUGUGUCUUCUUAUGUGUUAGAAGCGUGUUAACAGCACAUCUUGGACUGAAAGCAUCCAAAGAAUUUUUUUCUAGUUUCAUGGAUUCUGUGUUCAAGGCUCCCAUGGCAUUUUUUGAUUCUACCCCAUUAGGAAGGAUCUUAACUCGGGCAUCUUCAGAUUUGAGUAUCGUCGACUUUGAUAUACCGUAUUCUAUUUCGUUUGUGCUGAUAGGUGCAAUUGAAGUUGUGACAACAACAGUGAUAAUAGCAACAGUGACUUGGCAAGUUCUGGUUGUAGCAAUUCCAGCGUUAAUCAUGACGAUUUGGGUUCAGAAUUAUUAUCUAGCAUCAGCAAGGGAAUUGGUGAGGAUCAAUGGGACCACAAAAGCACCCGUCAUGAAUUAUGCUGGAGAAUCUUUGCUUGGAGUUGUAACGAUUAGAGCUUUUGGGGUAGCCGAAAGGUUCUUCCAUACAAAUUUAAAACUUAUUGAUACAGAUGCAAAACUGUUUUUCCACACUGUUGCUGCCAUGGAAUGGGUGCUACUGAGAGUGGAAGCACUUCAAAGUUUGACAGUACUUACCUCUACUAUAUUCCUCGUUUUACUUCCUCAGGGAGCCAUUGCCCCAGGGUUCUCCGGUCUUUGCCUUUCCUAUGCUCUCACACUAUCUUCAGCUCAAGUGUUUACAACUCGGUGGUACUCCAAUAUCGAAAAUUAUGUCAUCUCCGUGGAGAGAAUCAAACAAUUCAUGCAUAUUCCAUCAGAACCGCCAGCUAUCAUUUAUGAGAACAGGCCAUCACCAUCAUGGCCACAGCAAGGAAGGAUUGAUUUGCAAGAUCUCAAGAUAAAAUAUCGCCCAACUGCUCCCUUUGUUCUUAAAGGCAUCACUUGCACCUUGAAGGAAGGAUACAAAGUGGGUGUGGUUGGAAGAACAGGAAGCGGGAAAACAACUCUUAUAAGUGCUCUAUUUCGACUGGUGGAGCCUUCUAGUGGAACCAUCCUUAUUGACAAUCUGGACAUUUGCUCCAUAGGUCUAAAAGAUCUGCGAAUGAAGCUCAGCAUAAUUCCUCAAGAGCCUACCCUCUUUAGGGGCAGUGUCAGAAGCAACUUGGAUCCUCUUGGAAUGCACACUGAUCUUGACAUAUGGGAGGCUUUAGAAAAGUGUCAGCUUAAGUCUACUAUAAGUAAACUUCCAGCCCUUCUUGAUUCAACAGUGAGCGAUGACGGUGAAAAUUGGAGCAUUGGGCAGCGCCAGCUCUUCUGUCUCGGCAGAGUUGUCCUUCGUAAAAACAAAAUUCUAGUUUUGGAUGAAGCAACUGCAUCUAUUGAUUCAGCCACGGAUGCCAUACUCCAAAAGGUUAUCAGGAAAGAGUUCUCCAGCUGUACAGUGAUAACAAUAGCUCACAGAGUUCCAACAGUAAUAGAUAGCGACAUGGUUAUGGUGCUCUCCUAUGGUAAGAAAUAUAAGCAACAUUUCAAACAUUUAUACGCAUCCUACAUCAAAGCUAGGUAUUAA